UUCAUAUGCAUUAUGUCGGGCUGCUCGCUAUGCUGCAUCGCUUUCACGAUGCAAAAUGGUUUUCAAGACAUUCGACAAUUUGCAAUUUGCGAUUUAGAACUGCAACAAAAGCUAAAAAUAUUGAAUUUCAUGAAAAGAUUUGGAAAAGUUUCUUUGUGUCUGUCCAUUGCAGGUUUCUUUUGCCUCAACAAGAGGAUACCUUUCAAGAUGGCAACGACUUUACAUUCUGUGUUUUCGGGAUUAUUGAAGUUGAAGAAUGCAUCAAAUGUCCACAGAAGCUGUCAGCAGAUAUUCACAAACUUCUCUGAUUUGAAUGAAAACAAUUAAAGCUUAUUUUCUUUUAUCGUGACCGAACAGUGACCGAGUUGAUAAAACUCGUAGUCGGUCGCGGUUUCGUGCCUUGCGAAGAGUUGAGCAGGGGUAGA